GCUAAGCCCUUACACUAUUUUACAGUUCAGUACAAUUAACUCAAAAUUUAAAGUAAACAAAUGCUAUUACUAUUAACAAUGAAAUUGUCUUAGGUUCAAUCUUUUAAACAAAUAUAAUAUUAAUAAUUUCUUCACACACGGCCACCUGCCUAAUUAACUAUUAACGUAAUUAUACUUUUCUUUAUUCAUUAUCAUUAUACUUCAUGUAAAUUAGAAGUCGAAAUCAAGUGGGUCGAACACAGCGAUGGUGUACCUAGGAAUUAGUAGGAAUCUAGGAAAACCAUGGACUAUGGACCUAGACCUACGUACACCACCGCAAAAAUUACCAUUCGCCUCUUCUUGAGAUAUGGCCAUGGCUGUUGGAUAUAAUCUUGUGUGGUCUUGUGGUUAACGCUAGAUUGUGGCUAGAUGAAUGUACGUUAUAUGCCGAUUAUCAAGCUUUUAUUGUUAUUCUUUCAAACUUGAUCAAGAUGUAGCGAUCUUUAAUAAUAAUAAUCUGGUAAAUUGCAUUAAGAUAAGCCAUACCUCCAGCUCCCAAAAACACUUUAGAAUUUUUAGUGAAAUAAAUGAAUGAUAAGCUCAAACUCUUGGGAUCAAAGCAAAAUGCUGAACCUGAUACUUGCAGUGAUGUGCUAUUCCCAGGUUCAGCCGGCAUGAUGAUUCUGAUGAUCAGAAACAGAUACACUUGUGAUGUGAGAAAAAAAUGUGUCCGAACCCACAACACAAAUUUAACAUCUUGGCAGUGUUCCCCAAGCAUUUUUUGGCCCCACCUGAUCACAUAUGUUACAUAUGCCCCACCCCCCUAGGAAGGGAAACAAAAAGAGGUCUUCAUGCUGCCUUAAAGAAGAUUUAAUUUCCAAUUAGCUGCCUUUUAUUUUAGUUUUAACUUAAAGAUUCAAAGGAUAAAAUUUACAAUAAGUAUAAGUGAAAAUAUAUUUGUAUUGCAAUGCAAUAUUUUUUUCGUCAAGAUAAUUAAAGUGGUUAACUAAAACAAUCAUGUUUUAAAAUUACACAUGCACCCCCCCCCCCUUAUUUUUUUUUCCCCUUUUCUUUUUGAAACAAAUUUUAUUUCCUAUAUCCUAUAUCCCAGAGCUUAGUCUCAGGUAAAGUGCCCUUUGGAUGGGCCAAUAUUUUGGCCACCCACUGUCACUAAAAACUCUCAUUUAGCCAAAAGAGCACCUCUCCAUUUAAAGAACAAACUUUAUGCCCAGAAAAUUAGAAUGUAAAAUGCAUUUUACUUAUGAAGCUGCCCAAUACGAACAGAAAAAAUACUAAGAAAUACUCCUUACAAGUAUCUUGCCACAAAUGUAAAGGAACUUUCCCAUUAUCUCCCUUGAAACCCCCAAAAUAUUUUUAAAAGAAAUAUUUAUAUUUCGUAAAAAAAAUUACAGUUACAUGAACGUCAUACCCAUGCAUUCCUGCAGGACUUGAACCCUGCGCAAACUAAAAAUACUAGUACUACUUUUGUUUAAUCAUGCAAGUAUUAUAUGAAUUUAAACAAAAAAAAAGUAACAUUUAUUUUAGGCCAAAGUGUUAAGUAUAAAGACUGGCAAAGACCAUGGUUUUAUAGUGUGUUAAGUAUAAAGACUGGCAAAGACCAUGGUUUUAUAGUGUUAACCGAGGGAAAUAGCCAUAUACUAUACUGGUACUAUUUCUAUUAUAAUACUAUAGUCUACUAGUUCUCCAGAAAGUUUUUAAGGUUGAAUUUUUUGCUAACAUAUUUUUGUGUUUGUUUUUCUUUUCAGAUUCCUCUCAAAAUGUCAACAUCAUUAUCCAGAAUUUUUGUUAUAACAACAAAAUAGCACACAUAACUCUACACAUGUCAUACCCACACCCAUAUUUGUAUUAAAAUGAUCUGAAUCUGCCUGAUGUUAGUGAUGUGACUGUCAGUACCAUUCAUUAAUGACUAUAAAUAAUGUCACUUAAUAAAAUUUGGUCUCCUUUGAAUUUGAAAUCAUUAAAUUGGCCUUAAUGGAAAAAAUACUUCAAUCAAAGAAAUUUAAAUUUGGAAUCAUGCAUACAAAAAUGUACACCCCUAUAUAUUUUAAUGGCUGUUGAUUGGCUCACACUCAAAGAAAUUAACCCUGCACAUAUAUAGAUAUGAUUUUUUUAUCCAGAUUAUUUAUAUCUGGUCAUUUCCACAUACACUGAAACAGGUAGGUCCAUAAGCUAUUUAACUUUAGGCCUAUUUUAACUUAUUAAAAAAAAAAAAUUCUACACAAAAAUCAUAAUCUGUGUGAAAUUAUUGACUUCUUUUUAUUUUAGCAUUGGAAACUGUCUUUUAUUUUGCAUCGUUAAUAUUGCACACUUGAAAUCUGUCACAUUUUUUAAAUUAAAGCUUUUAAUUAUAAUAAAUAAAAUCUAAACUGAAGUAGCUGAUGAUGUAUUAAAUGCUUUGCUUUUCUUGCAAUCAUACAGAUAAGAAAUUUGUGAUAUUAAGACUGUCAUUUCAACUCUCUAUGAAGAGAUACAUAGUGUUGUUACUCAUUCAUGUUAGAAGCUGAAACUUAAAAGAAUUGUAUUAUGCUGAAAUAAAUAUUUUAUAUUGCAGAGAGCAUAUUAAUGCAGAGAUGAGUGGUCUGAGCUCAGCAGAAGCCCUUCAAAGAUUAUCAAAUGAGAUUCAAAAUCUUAUUAGCGAGCAUGAUCUCUCAUUGAAAAGAUCAUGGUGGCGUAGACUUUUAUCUCAGAUGCUUGGCAGGUCAUCCCAUUAUACACCUAUCUCUUUUAUAUGUGUCUCUGCAAUGUCAGCAUCCUUGUUGGUAGCAGCCUCAAUGGAAGAAGUAGACAAGUAAGAUUUUUAAAUCUUUUGUUUGACAUAUUAUUAUAUAAGGUAAAGAUUAACUAGUAUGCUUAAUGAUUUAUGAUGUAAUUUCAGGCCUUUUUUCUCUUGACAGUUUUAUUAUUUUCAGUGUCAGCAACAAAAGUAAAAAAAAAAAAAAAUUGUUUCUUUAAAAAUAAUUUUAGAAAAAAAAAUUUGCAUUACUGGGAACAAUAAAAACACAUAUUCUCAAAAACAUUUAUUGAGAUAUAAUUCUUAAACUUAUAUUUAUUUAUUAAAUUUGGCUUCUUGUGCUACGAGAGUGGAGACAUGUUUUCCCAAAUUUUUGAUGGGUGGUUUUCCUUAUCCAGGGUGUACCUUCUUCCCAAGAAUAGCUUCCUUACCAAGUUAUUUUCCCCUUGUUAGAGAAUAUCCUCUCUACCUCAUAGUUGUGUGGCAGAGCUGUACUGCUGCAUAUAUAUAUAUAUUAUAAUUUUGUUUCAUUUUAUUGAAAAAAUUCUUGUAAAAUUAGACUUAAAGUUUUGAAAUUUAGAUAACUGUAAGCCUACUCUUUUCAGAUUUUCAUCUGGUAGUCGAGCCUGGUUAGUUGUUGAAGCUCUAGUUCUGAUACUCUCCAUUAUUUUCAAUUUAAUACUCAUUCGAUUGAAAAUGAAAAAACAUGAAGCAAAAGAAAUUGGCCUUAAGAGAGGAUUUUUAAAUGUUUUACAAGGUAGGAUUUGUAGCUUUAAUAGUUAGUAGAACAAUGUUUCAUGUCUUCAAAUAGGUAUUUAAGUAAAAAAAAAUUGUUAGAUAAAUUUAAAAUUGAACUUGUGUUUCAUUUGAUCAUUGUGUUUUUUACUUUAAAUUGUAUUGCAUUUUUUGUGUGUUUUAUGUGACGACAAAAACAGAUGCGAUUACAAAAAGCACAUGGAGUCCUGACAUCUACCCAAAUCAGCAUACACCACUUUCCCCAUGCAUCUCCUUACAGUGGUGCAUCAGGGACAGUAGAUUGGUCAACUUGCCACUCCCACUACUUGUGUGUGGAGAUGUGAUUAUCAUGCGCCCAGGACAUGCUACUCCUGAACACUGUGUGGCAUUAGAGGUAACUUAUAAUGCAAACUAUAUGUUCAUGUCAACAGAAACUAUAUGUUCAUGUCAACAGUUCUAUAUUUUAUGAAUGGAUAUCAUUUACUUUUAUCAUCAGUGAACCAACUGUUUACUAAUUGUAAGCUAGAAAUUUCUGUGUCAUUUAAUCUUUGAAUGUUUUUUUACAGGGUGAUAUGGAGUUGCAAUCUGGUGAAGUUUAUUUUUCUGAAACCCAAAAAGAAACAGGAGAAGGACCCCAGCCGAGGAAACCAUUAUCUACAAAAAAAUUUGUUUUAAAAGAAACCCCUAUCAUAAAGAAUUUCAGGUAUUUAAAAGAUAUUACAUCAAAAACAAUUAUGUCAGAACCAACUUUUCAAAAAACGUGCUGCAAUGCAUUUAAAUUACAUUAACAUAAGAUUAUUUGCUGAUUAGAGCAUUCAAUAUUCAUUAGAUCAAAUUUUACACUUCAGUUGAAUUCAAAUUGUUUUCUUUGUUGGUUGUUAUUGUAGAAUGUUUCUUUCAACCAUUACUAAUGAACCAAAAUUAAAAUUUUAUAGUGGCUUGUUAUUAGCAUUUCAAGAUUUUGAUUUUUUUUUUCCACUGCAUUUUAAAAAUAUUCACACGUUUGUUAUUGACUACUUUAUAAUGAAACGGUAUUAUUAUAUAUACAUCUACUACAUUUAUUUAGAUUCAUGUUUCAAGAUAAUCCUAGAAAACCUCAAAGUUUCCUUGAAAAUGAACGGUUCACUGUAUGCAAUGUCUGGCUGGAAAGAAGGUUUCUACCAGUUAUGUUUGUAUGUCUUUUUAAUUAUAUCCAUAGUUUUCCAAAUUUAGCUUACGGUACUUCAUUUUCUUGCAACUCUUACUGAAUUACAUUUCACAAUUUUUAUUCCUACAAAGCUGUUAAAAAAUUUCUGCAUUGCUUCAAUGCAAUUUAAUAUCUUUUUUAUUUAGAAAACAUUGGUGUUUUAAGCAUUUAAGUUUUAUCACUUUUUUAAAUUUUCAGCUUAUAUUUCUGGCUAUAAACAUAUUUAGAUAUCUGUAUUUGGACAAAGAUGGUGGCCACUGGACUGAACUUAUUUUAGUUAUGCAGGUAAAUAGAGCUACAUUUUAAAUAUAAAACCUUAGAUUAAUUUAUAAAUAUAUAUAUUUUCUUAUAUAGCAAUUUUAAACACAUUAUCAUCUUAUUUUUCAAUUAAAUUUUUUUUUCUCUUCAUAAUAAAUUAAUAUUAAGUUAAUCCUUUACCAAUACUUAUAUAUGAAACUUCCAUGCUGAUAGCAUCAAAUACCAAAUGUUCAUUUUGAUAAAUAACAUUGUAAUAUACACCAAAUUAGAAAAAAUAAAUAAAUGAAUUCAAACAGUUUUAAUCUUCUUCAAAUUAAAAAUAAAAUAAACUUUAAUAUAAAUGAAAAGUUUCAACUUUUUUCAUUUCUUACAUUACAAAUGUAUAUUACAUUAAAAUUGUCAAUGCUAUUUAUCAUUCUUAUUAGAUUCAUGGAACACUUCCUCUGGUUCCUGUGCUAUUGCCUUUUCUAUGGACUGUUGUCAACACAUUUGGACAAGCUCAUAUAUUUGCAGCAUAUGAUGUGUUUCGAUCCUUGAAGGUGCCUUUGUUCAUUCACAAAAUUUUUUAUGUAAAAUUACUAAACGCUAAAUGAAUAAAUAUAUUAUGAAGAAUCAUCUAAACCAGUGAUUUUACACCUUUUAAAACUAACUUAUUUGAAAUGUGUCCUAUAGAUUAGUAAGUUAGUACAAUUUCAUGUUUUCUGCAUGAUGCAAGACUAUGAGAAAUCGUCUUUUAUAAAUAUAUAUAUCAAUGUUUUUUUUAAAUAGUUGUUUAACAUCUUAUUUCUGGUAAUUUUGCUAAUGUAAUUUAUGUAUAAAAUUUCUGAAAUCAAAAUAGGACUUUAAAGAUUCCACAGAAAGUCUUGGAAGUUGUAGUAACAUUUCUGUGAAAGAUGCUGAUAUAAGUAUCAACUGGCAAGAAACACUAAAAGGAUUUUGGGACAUGUUCUGGGGUAAUAAGCCUAUAGCCUGCCCAGAUUUUGAAAUGCUCCAUGCCCUUGGAAGUGUUACAGUAAGUUUUAGCAUCAUUUGUUCAUUUUAAAAAAAAUCUACCAAAGAAAAUACCCAUAGAAAUUCUAUCAAUUUUUCUCAGGCCUUUUAAGGUAUUGUAUUUAGAGUUUAGUUAAUUUUUUUCCUAAGGCAGUGGCCCCAAAUCUUUAAAAAUCUCUGUGUCCAAAAUACUCAACACACCCUUAUGGUUAACGACUUAAAAGUAAUAUUUUUGCUCUGAACUUCUUUUACACAAUAAAUUAGGUAAACAAAAUUUUUAAACGUUAAAAAACAACUUUAAUUUCCAAUCAGGCAUUAUGCUGUGUAGAUAAGAAAGGAAUUUUGUCCUGGCCGAAUCCAUCUGCAGAGAAAGUUUUCUUCUUUUCAUCUGCAUCAAAGCAUGAACCUCAAGAGGAAGAAGAGCCUGAUAACAAUGGGAAAGAGGAGAAAAAAAUAAUAAAACGUAAAAGAAGACACAAAACUAACUCAGGUAAAACUAAGUUCAGAUAGAGAUAUUAGGUAAAUGAAGCUUUUUUUUUAACAUGUUAUGCAACAUGUACUUUUCAAGUUGAGUUGAUGGAAUUAGUUUUGGUAAUUCAUAACCUUAGCUACAAGUAAAGAGCAGUUGAUUUUUAACUAUAAAAAAAGCUUGAAAACUAUUAAGUGUAGUUAUUCACCAAAAGAUAUUAAUCUUGGCCAUAAGAUCUUUGUUUUGAAAAGUAUAAUUUUACUAGCUCUAAUUAUCUGAAAACAAGAUAUGUGGUUUUAGAGUUAGAGCAUCCAUAUGUAUUGUCCCUGCUCCACCUAUAACUAUUAUUUCAACAGAGAGUGAUCCAUCAUCCAAUAUAGAAGUGCUAGACAUGACACAUGAUGCAGCAAAGCUAAGGGUAACAUUUUAAAAUAAACUGUCACAGAAGAACCCAUUGGCAUGAUUACUAUGUAUUCUGCCUUGUAAAAUUGUCAUAAAAUUUCAGCACUUCAUUACCUGCUCUGUAAAUUAUUUUUUUUUGUUUAGGUUAAAUCACACGAAUACAAAUUUAUAAAAAUAUAGUUAUGUUCACUUUCCAUAGGUUUUGUCAUUAUUUAACAAGAAAUCUCUAUCACUACAGGAUGCUUUUGGAGUUUUAUUUGAUGAUCCCAACUGGAAAGAUCACUUAUCAGCUCUCAAACCUUUGGUAGCUAUUAUGUGUUUAGCUUAUUAGAAUUUUUCCUUAGUAUUCUCACAGACGCUGCGCAGCAGUUUUGAGUACCCCGCAGCUAAUUUCCACUUAAGUGUGUGUUUGUGUCUGUAUGCUGUAAAAUUUUGCACACAAAAAAAUUGAUGCUGUAAAAAUUUGCUCACAGCUUAAUGAUUUUGCACACGAACCAACAAACCUUAGAGGGAACAUUGCUUGUGACCUGCUGGCUUGUAUUUGAGAAGUUGUGAAAGUGGAUAUGAUGAAAGGAAAGGACUCAAUCUAGUGAAGACCAGAGAUGUAUUGUGCAGUAUGGAUAUGCCAAUGGAAUCUAUACGCAUUUUGUUAUGAUUUACAGCAUUCUUAUGACAAAAGAAAGUUAGCUUUCAACAGUGUAUCAAAUUAAUUUGAAUGAACUUUAAUUUAAAAAUAAUACUUCAGUAUGAAAAAAUAUAUUAUAAAAUUAUUGGCCCAGUUUAUUGAACCAGAAGUUAAGUUGUUAAUGGUGUCUCUUUAGUGUUAAAUAAAUUUGGACUUUCAUAUUUUAAACAUUAUGAGGACAAUCUGUACAUCAACAGGGGCUGAGCAUUUUGUUGAACACAUGCAGUUGCAAGACCACAGAAUGGUACACACAGUUCACAGACCAUGUUUCUUGUGCUGCCAAAGAGAAAAAGGAUACAGUGGCUGUUGUAAAUAGAAGGUAGCUUUAUUUUGUUGUUUAGUAUCUGAUUAUAAACUUUAACCAAUAAAUAGCAUUAUGAGAAAGCUGGAGAAAAAAAGACACAUAAGCUAGAAGAAAAUAGUAAUUAUUAGCAAGAAAGGCUAUGAUCUGGGGUAGUUGUGAACAAUCUUAUUCUGAGUUGAAUCAAACAAAUUUUUUUGGGUGCAGCAGAAGAUUGGGGGGGGUAUGUAAACAUGAAUUUUUUUUGCAUGUGUAAUAUAUAGAUGGCCCUUAACCUUUUUAGACCUUUUCAGUGAAGGCGUGAAACACAUAAAUUACCUACAGCUUUGCUCUGACUCUACAUACUUUCAUGAAACAGUCUGUGGCGGACACCAGUUUAAAAUGCUCUUCAAUAAAAUAGGAAAUUACCACAGAUUUUAAUGACAGAUAAGAUGGAAUCCUGAUCACCACAUGGACAGAAUGAUGCAUGCAAAUCAACAGGAUUACCUAGUCCAAUCAAGAGCUAUAAUAUUUUGUCCCAUUUCCUCUUCAAUUUUUUCUUUUACAUUCAUUAAAUUUCUGUCAUUUGCCAGAUUUUCUUCUUUUCUAUCAUGAAUUUUGUGUUUCUUUUUCCAAUUUGAUGUAUCUUUAUUUAAGAAUAAUAAAUUAUGAAAUUAGUUAACUAAAUUUUUUUUUAAAAUUUGUUAUAUCUCUGUCGUUUUACGAAGCCACUGUUAAGUUCUUCCUUAACCGAUUUAGUUGUUUUUGUACCAUUCUUAAAGUGCUGCAAAACAUUUUCAUGGAUCAUGUUUCAACAUUAGAACAAACACACCUAAUCAUUUAGAUGAAUCAUUUUGUGCCAUUCCAGGUGUCUGUGUCUACUCUCACGCGAGAUAGGUUUCACAGAUGAUGCUAUAAAUAUCUUUACACAUGAAGCAACAUUAGGAGUUUACAGACAAGUGGUCAGCAUACAUACUGAAUUUAUUUUAUUGGAAACUUUUAUUUUAUUACAAUUUAGGCUUCAUUUGUAUUGUAUGAGUCUGAACAUUUUUAAAAAAAUGCUAACUUUUAAAUAAAUUAAAUAAGAUAAACGUGAAUCUUUAAAAAAAUCUGAAAUUUCAUUGUUCAAUAAAAUAUCUUAUAACUUGUGGUAAAAAAAAUUAUUUGUAUUAUCUUCAAAGCCGCACGAGGAGGCUGAAAGAGAAAAACAGAACAGAGCACGUUCAUUUAUUCAACACAAGAUUCCAAUGCCUAACCAAGUUUCAGUUGUAGUAAGAGAUAAACUCACUGGUAAGAGAUAAACUCACUGUUAUGUUUCAGUUACUGUAAGAGAAAACUAAAAUAAAUAAAGCUAUUUGUUAUAAAUUGGGAGAAAACUUGGGGGAAAGAGUUAUAUCUAGAAAGUCAAUUAAAAGGCUGAGCAUCAUCAUAAAUAUAAUUCUCGUAUAUCUGGAACUAAAGCUAAAAGGGAGAGAGAGACCACCUUAGAAAUAGCUCUACAUUAGAAUAUGAGUAUUUUCCUCUUUAAAUGCAUUAUUGAACAAUGAUACACUAAUUUUUAUCAAUAGACAACUUUGGGACAGUGUUGUAUUCAGAAUAUGAAGUUACAUCCUUUGCAAAAUUAUUACCCCAUUUUUUUCCCCUCAAAUUGUGGGGAGAAGUUUUUUUUUUCCAUCUGAAAUCUAUACUAUUUAACUUAUCAAGAAACUGUGGUCCAUGUUGUCAGCUAAUACUAAUAGUGCUAGAAUGUUAUAUUCAAAUUAAUGAAAUCAAUAAAAAGGUUAGUUAUCUUUUUAUUAAAUUAAUUUUUUUUUUAAAUAUUAAAAUAUAAUGAGACUACAAGUUCUGGUCUUCUCUAAUAAAAGGUAUGUGCCAGUUAAUGACACAGGGGACAGGCGACCUUGUAUUGGACUGCUGCACGGAUGCUUGGAAUGGAACAGAUCUACAAACUUUAUCAGAAAUGGAUAGGUCAGCUUAAGUAUCUUAAUUUAAAUGGUUGGACGGAGAGAUGCUUACAUGCAGAGAUACUUAGUUAUAAGGCUUGCUUGAUUACUCUGUAAAUAACUUAAGAUAUUUCUGCUAUGUUAUAUUUACAUUAAAAGUAUUGGCCUCUAGUGCUAUCAGUGCAUAAUAUUUAGAAAAAACAGUAUCAGCUACCAAUGAAAUUGGGGCUGACUUGUAUAAUAGAAUUUUUAAAAAAAUUUUACAAUGAUAUUCAUUAUCAUUUUUCCAUAAUUGGAACAAUCUUCGGAAAGGAACCAUACUAAUCUAUCUAAAUCAUUCUUUAAAAAAAAUAAAUAAACUUAUUUAACCAAAAUACUUGUCUUGUCAAAUAUAUUUUAAAAAUAAGAGUAAUUUCUCAUUUCAGAAAGAGAGUUUUGGAUUUUUAUCAUAGAAACUCAAUGAUUGCGUAUUGCACUGCAUUUGCUUACAAACCUUUGCCCAAGUCAAUCCAUGACUGGUCAAGCGAUGUCUACACAGAACUAAUGGAAAGCCCAAGUGCCACAAAAGUAGCCCAUGGAGAGGAUGUUGGGUACUUUGUUUGUUGUUGUCUUCAACCUUAAAGUCAUGUCAGUAUGUCUUUGUGUGAAAUGAAUGAGAGCAACAAUGUUAAAACUUAGUGAUGCAGUUCAAAUUACUUCUGUUCUUUGUUUUUGUGAAGAAUAUGCAAAAAUGUACCCACACUUAUAUAUUUAAAGAAUUCUUUUGUGUCUUAUUAAUCUACUUAUGCUGGAUUGAAGUCAAACAACCGUAUUAUCAGUAAGUUAAAGAUGAGUUUCUUUUAGAAACUUAUUUUGAUUAAUGCAUUUUUCAUUAAAGUAAACUCAAAAACAAAUACUUAAUACAAGCAGGAUAGAUUUAGGGGUUAUAUGAUCAUGAUUUCUCUCAUAUUAUUUUAAAAUGACAUUUAUUUCCAAAGAGAUAAAAAGAUAUUGUUUAACAUUUUAUUUAAGAGUUUUCCUUGAUGGAGAGGAAGAGCUGCAGAGACACCAGAGAUCAUACAGUGUGGAUUCUCUUCUAGAACUGAGCCCCUCUUCAUCCGUGGAAGGAUUGGGGAUUGGCCGGAUGCUUCAGUCGCAUCAAACUUUCAUUGGCAUGGUCUCGCUGCAGUAUCAAGCUAGACAAGUAAGUAGGAUCUUGUUUGUCUUUAAAUCUAGAUUUGUUUCUUUGAUUUAGAGACUGUACUUACAAUAUGUGGAGAAUGGAGAAUAACAAAAAAUAAAAGUAAAUAAAAGUUUUUUUGUUUUUUUUUCAAAUAGUUUUUAUUUAACUCCAAGUAAUACCCUGCAUAGAUUGUUUGUCAGGAAGGCCACAUCUCCAUACCCACUUUUUUAUGUGAACAGACCUUUAUACUCUUAUGAUUUUGGCAUAGAAUGCAUGAUUUUGAGACAUCUUUUAUGAUGGUACACUGAGACCUAUCGGCUAGAUGCUGGCUAGAUACAGCAGUUGUCUUAGUGAUGCAUUUAGUAAACAUUUGGCUCCAGAACUCCUUCACUUCAUCUCCUAAUACAGCUUGCGGUAGUUAAUAGACUACAAUAUUUGAACACAAAAUAAAAUCAAGCUUCUUGACUUAAUUUAAUGAGUGGCCAACCUGCAGACCGCCUUGUUAAAUAUCGCGACCUACCGGAUAUAUGACAAAUGACCAUAUUUCUUUAUAAUACUCUUUUUAUUAGUUUAUUCUUACUGUUUAUUUGUUAGUUUGUGGUGGAAUAUUGCAUUGUACUAAUGAAGACAUUUGCCAAAACGUUUACAUUUGUAUUCUGUAUAGUCAUUAUUUAAGCUGAACCUAUUGUUUUAUUGUGUCUCAUUUAUUUCUAAGUGAGGGAAGUUAUUUGUUAAUUAGACUAAAAUUUAUGUUGAACAGGAUUUUGUGCAGUUGAUUGAUAAGCUAGAGUCUGCCUGCAUUAGAUUUGUACAUUUUUCAAAGGAAAAUGAAGUUAGAAGUCGAGUAAGUACAAUGCAAUGGUAACUUAAGAUAAUUGUUAAUUUUGUCUUAAUAUAUUUUAAAAUUUUAUUAUUUGCAUUCCAACACAAAGCUGAGAAGCUGAACUGUCAUUUCAGUGAGCAGUUCCUUAAAUGUUAUGCUCACAGAAUUUAUAGUGCAUAAAGCUUCAAUUAAAUGUAAGGGAAAUUUCAUAGCCCAAAUUCUACCUUCCAACUGCCCUGAUGUUCUGAAAUCACAAUAAAAUAACAGAAAUCUCGGCAGUUCCAUGUGGGUGCUUCUCUAUUGUACUAUUAUUUUGUCAUUUUUUUUUCACACUGGUCAGAACAUUUAAAGGGAACAUAAGUCUUUGCUAUUUGCAGGUUUUUGCUGAAAAAAUGGGCCUUGAAGCAGGUUGGAACUGCCAUGUGUCCCUUAUGGCGGCUGAAUCUGUAGCCUCUGAGAACUCUUCAAGUAGAAAUCUCUCCAGUCUGUGCAAUGUUCACCCCUCCGGCAGUGGGGAGGCUGGGGAGGGAGGGGGUGCGAUGUCAGGAAGUGUAAGUAAUCCACAUGGCAUGGCACGCUCCAGGGAAGUCACUGUUGGCUCUCUCAGUCUAACUAAUCCCCUCUCUGUCCCUCGAACACACAGUGCUCCAAGUUUUGUAAAUACUCAAGAAGUUCAGGUACUUUGAAUUUUUAAAAAAUUGUUUCUACGUUGGCCACAAUGCAAAUUGCCAUGUUUAUUUAAUUACCUUUUUGGCCAUUUUGAUUGCUAAUUAAUUGUUUUGUUAUCUUAAACUCAAAUAUUUAAAUCUUCUUUUCAUUAAGUCUACUUGUUGAGAUAAAAUCUGAAUAAAUAUGCCAGGUAUAGUGUCAAAAAUGAAUUAGAAAACUUUUCUGACUUUUAAAGAAAAAUGUACAUAAUUGAAACUAUAUUUAAAGUAACUCAUUGUUUUAAUGUUAAUGAAAUUUUUUAGUUUUUUCCCUUUUAUUUAAUUUGUAUUAGGACAAUCAAAUUAAUUUAUUGGUUAAAUAAACUAAAUUGUGUAAAAAUUAUGUAAGACCAAAGCCAUUUUGCAAAAAUUCUUAAUGCACCCAACAAUUAUUUAACAGACUGAAUUCCAUUUCUUACUUCAUAACCUAGAUUUGUAGAAAGUGUUCUUAUUUUUUAAACAUAUAACUAGAUUUUAUAAUUCUUAUAUUUCACAUCAUUAAAGUUUUAAAUUUCACUUGUCAAUUUGUUUGGUUGAUAUAUAAAGACAUGAACAUUAUGUAAAAUUUUUAGUGAUAUACAUGAAUUUGAAAAGCUCAAUGCACUCCACCUACUGUCAGUUUCUUGUGUAAAAUAUUUCUCGUAUAUCACUUCAGGUAAAGUUUGCCAAAGAUACCCUCCCCAUUGUUCUGGAUGAUUCAGUGACAGAAGACAGCAUACUCUUGACGGAUGUAGGCUCGGUGUCCCAUUAUUACAACGCCAUUGACUCGGCAAGCACUACACUGCUCUACGACAACAUCAACCAGAAUAAAUGUGACAAUGAGCCAGAUGCCGGCAGUGAUAUCGAAGAUGAAGAGAAGCGCCGACUUGUGCCUCGCAAAGGUCACAGGCUGUGGGUUGAGUCUGAGUAUGAGGAUGAUGAAGAUGAAGACUUUGAUGUCCAGUCGGACAGCCGCUACACAUCCAGCUACGUGACUGAAAACACAGAGGACAGUUUGACCGGGGCCCUGGACAAUAGGGUAAUAAAAUGUUUUUAUUUCAAGACUCAUACAUUUUUUAUUUAUUUACAUGUGUUUGAACUGUAUAUAGCUAUACAACUUCUUUAUUUAUAAAUUGAACUAAUUGCUUUCUGCAUAUACAUUUAGCAAAGACAACUUCAUGUGUUUUGAUUUUAUUUUUGGUCUAUUUAUUUGCAUACUCCAUCUCUGUUUCUGAAAAAUAAGAUAUGGGGAGUUAUAGAGUUUUUAUUAUUUGGUACUUUUUAUUAGUAUUUGUUGUGGUUUUAUUUAAAUUAAUCAGUAAUAUUAACUUCCAUUUGAUAAAUAUAAAUAUAUAAUAAAAAUACAAUGACAACAAUUUGUGGAGAAAAUAUUUAAUCUUUUGUUUUUUUUUAAAUUGUCAAAUAAACUGAGGCUCUGCUAAUAAAAACUAUUGAUAAAAAAAAUUAUUACAAAAAUGACAGUUUUAAAAAGUUAUCUAAAAAUGAUUACUAUUAUUAAUGUGAAAGAAGUGUCAGCAGCCUUUUGUUUACUCUACAAUAGCUAAAACAUUUUGCUGAUGUCAUUAUACCUGGUACAGCUAGUCAUUGGAGGGCAGAGUUUAAAGGAGAGGUACUUUUAUCAUUGAUGUUAUGGGGAUUUGGGAAGUUAUUAUUUUUUUUUUUUUUGCACGCUUACUUUUAAAGAGUUAAGUUACAUUUUUUAAUACUUUGUGUUUAUUUGAUGACUUAUUCCUUAAUUAUUUAGUUAAAAAAUAAUAGUUCAUGUUUAAAUUAUCAUCUUUAGUCGGUGUUUAAAUACUUAAAAUAAGGCUGUUGUUUAAAAUAUUUCACUUAUUUGAUACUGCUUGUUAUAGUUAAUCCUGGAAAAAUUAUUUUACUUUAAAAUGAUCUUAACAUAGAUCUCAACACCUGGGCUAAUACCCAAUAAUAAAAAUGUAAAAUCAUAAUGCCUAAUGGCAACUGUGACUGCUUGUCCAAUUUCAUAAUUAAUAAUCCAACUAACAUUUCUAAACACUUCAAUAAUUGUCUAAAAAAAACAAAGCAAAUUUAAAUGAUAACAAAAAUGUGAUAACAGUAAAUAAAAAAAAAAAUUACUUAUGCUGUCUCCCAUAUAUUAUCUAUAAACAGAGUAAGCCUACUUAAUGCCAGUUGGGACAUUUUUAACAAAAUUAUUUACAUUUUUUUUUUUUGUUAUCACAUUUCAUGUUCUUAAUGGAAGUUAAUUUUUAUCAAUUUAUAUGAAAUAAUCAAUGAUUAGUACUUUUACUAAAAGACAAAUGUUAUAAAACCUUAAUGGAGAAAUGACAGAUUUAGCCAUUGGCUUCAAAUAAUUUAAUCUUAAAGUCAGCAAAACUCACUUAAGAAUUCUUGUUCAUAUUCCUUACUAAGCUGUCAUCUGUUAAAAGCUUGGAAGGCAUGCAGUUAAACUCUAUUUACAGAAAAUUUGAAAUUAUGAUUGUCCUAUUGCAUGUGCCUAACUAAAUUAUUGAAUGUAAUAUAGGUCUACUAACCGACAGGUCUUCAUUUAUUAAAAAAAUUAUAUGCUUUUGUGAUAUGUCCUGCUCAUUUAUAAUUUUAAUUAUUCCAAAGCAGCCUUUUAAGAUGUUAUACAUAAAGAUUUAAAGGUUUUCCCUGUCCAGUCUUAAACAAGAAUAUCUUUUGAAAUAAGCAGUUAUUGUAAGCGUAAUAGAAGGAAUAGUAAUUUUAACUAACCAGCUCAUUCUGCCAUUUAUGGAUCCAUGCAUUGCAGCAAAUAUUGGAUACAAUACAAAUAAGAUUAUUUCUUUUCAAAAUGCCAAAAGGACUUAUUGCUUUAUCAGUAAAAUGUUAAAAAAGUUAUAUGAAUCUUGGCUUAGACCUUACGAAAUUACAAUUAUUUUCACUUUUGCUUACUGCUUGCCUAUAUAACGCUGAUAGUAAUGUUUUUGAAUGAUAUGCAUCUUUUAUGCUGGAAAAUGCAUGAUGCAGGACCAUACAGGCCAAAACUGAAACAUCACGUUGAGGAAUCAUUUUACCAAUGGUGUCAAGAUUUAUGUAGCGCUUCUGCAGUAAUUGACAUUAUGAUUACACUCAAGCAUGGGGAAAAUUGAUAGCAUAAUUCAAUAUUUAACAAAUGGAACAUUGAAAAAAGAUUAUCAUAGAUGAUAUUUAUAUUUUUAUAGCUCAAAAUUUUCGGUUCUGAUUUUUAAAAGUAUUUGUUGAGCUAAAUUUAUGAAGAACCAGUAAUUAAAAUGCUAAAUGCAAUGUUAUGUCUCUAUAAAUUGAAAUAUAAAUUGUAAUAUAAGUUGCAAUAUUAUGCCAGGCAAAGUCUUUAUACUCUGUUUUUGCAAUUGGAACAUUUGAAUACUAGAAAUUUACCCAUAAUAUGUUUGUUCCCAUUUCAACUUUGAGUUAAGUGUUUUUUUGCCAUAGUUUCAUUUAAUCGGUAACUAGAGAUUUAAGAAAAUGAUUUUUGCUAAGAGUAAGAAAAGUGUUUAACACCCCCCCCCCCUCACACACACACACAAAGAAAAAAAAGGCUGAGUCAGUUACAGAUGCAAAUCUCAGUUUGAUUUGGUUUACUAAGAUCUAUAAAAGCUGUGAGCUUGUAUUAGGUAUAUUAAAAGAAGUCUCAGUUAGAUUUACUAAGAUCUGUAAAAGCUGUGAGCUUGUAUUAGGUAAAUUAAAAGAAGUCUCAGUUUGAUUUGGUUUACUAAGAUCUGUAAAAGCUGUGAGCUUGUAUUAGGUAUAUUAAAAUAAGUCUCAGUUUGAUUUAGUUAUUUCAGAUCUGUGAAAGCUGUGAGCAUAGGGAAGGACUAUUACAAUAUCCCAAAUCUGUUUUCUGGUGUUGUUUUUUGUUGCUUGUUUUAUUCCCUGCAGAUAAUCAUUCUAUAACUUUCCCAUUCACACAGGCUCCUGAUUCCAACUAAAAUUAUACUUUUUUCAAAAAUAAUAAAUCCUUAAACAUCAUAAUUAAAGCUGUUAAACGUUUUUUUUUUCAAGGCGCAUCUUCCAAGAGGUAUUGAAAACAUACGUCCACACCUAAAAAAUGUUGACAAUGUCCCAUUGCUGGUUAAUCUUUUUACCGAUUGUGUGCCUGAAGGUAGGUGGAAAUUCUUGAUAUUCUGGGGUUUACCCUCUUGGCUCAGGACAAUUUUCCCCAUUCAUGCUCCCUCUCCCUAUGGCCAUUUAAGCUUCUUUCUUCCUCUGUCUCUCUUUUUUUCAUGUGUCUGACAACUUUGACUUACUGUUAUAUGUUUCCACUCACAAUAUUUGAGACAAUAAAGACUUAUGGGUAAAGUACAUCAAGUCAUUGUGAGGACUUCAUAAAAAUCUAAUAAUCUCAAAUUUCAUCCUUGGCUUGAUCACUUUUUGGUCAUAAUUUUGAUAGCUUUUAUUUGUUAAAAUGUAAUUUCAACAAAGACUGUUGUCAGUUCUAUCUAGAUUGUUGUUUGUAAGUUAACAAUUUUUUUUAAUGAUUUGUAUGAUAAAUGUUUGUUAUGAAAGAGAUUUUAUGCUUCAUGAAUCCAAAUAUUCAAGAAAGGUAGUCAUAAAAUUAUCUUUCCCAUUUUUAAUUUGGGGAAAAAAAAUCCUGUCACUGGUUUCAAGACAUCCUUGCCCUUGAGGAAUAAAUUCUAUUGGUGUGGUUUUCAGUGGAAAGACAAGAUCUAAAAAAUUUAACUUAAAAUAUUGUUAAUGUCUAAAAAAAAAUAUUUGGGUGGGGGUUGUCUUCUUUUCUACCUAAUUUUAAUUUGUUCUUUUUCAUUCUUAUUUUUUAAAUUAAAAAGUGCAACAAAAAAGAAAUAAAAAAUGUACAUCCUGAGCCACAUUUGACAUUAGCUUAUUUUUGUCAUUGACAAAAUCAUUAAUUCUCUGUAUAACUUUGAUUUAGCAACUUGUGAGAUGGUGAAGAUCAUGCAGGAAAAUGGUGAAGUUGUCCUCGUUGUUGGUAGUUCCCUUAACAUGGUGAACACUCCAAUCUUCAUGCAAGCAGACUGCAGGUACCAUUUUUUGACAUUUUUUUAAUAGUAUGUCUGCAAUUUAAAUGUGUUUAGGAAGACUACCCUAUUUAAAUUUGCUUUAGAGAACAGGAGUCCACCCUGCUAUUUAUUUGUUUAUAUUUUUCAAUUUUAUUUUGAUUUAUUAAGAAAUAUCCUUAUAGGGCACAGUCACAUAAUGUGUAAAAUCAUAAUGUGACCUAAUAGUCCCAGGAAAUAAGUCAUGAAGUUAAUUUUUGCUUUUCUUUCUUGUUAUUUAGUAUAGCCAUAGAGCCAUUGUUUCCACAACUGUGUGCUCGCCACACUAUCAUGCCUCAUUUAUGGAACGAGGACGAGCCGUCUCCCAUUGAACUGGCUUCUAGACUUCUGUCUCUGCCUUGCCCACUAUUUUUUCAUAGGGAGGAUAACAUCAAAUUAGUUCAGCUAAUAAUGGAGGUAAUUUUAUUUUAUAUAAACAUUGCUAGAAAGUACAGGUGAAACCUCACAUAACGAACACCCCAGUUAAAGAACAAAUAGUUUAACUAACAAGUAUCGUAAACAUUUGUCUCAAUUGAUAAAAUAUAGCUUACACCCGUAGACACAAUCCCACCAGCCCAUUAGUGCUUUGGUGCAUUAGCAGUAAACAAGUCCAAGUGCUGUGUCAAAAACACUACAUUUUUUAUUUGUGCAAUUUUUAUGUUACCAGUAUUUUAGCCCUCAUUCUGCUGCAUAAAAAGGAAAACGUUAUUAAAAGGGAUCUUGUAAGUUCGGAAGUAGAAAAAAAGAAAUCAUUUUGAAUGACAAUGGGAUGUCGCAUUUCCGUAAAAUUCUGCAGCAAAGAAAAUGACAAUUUAAUUUAGAAGGCUUUCUUCUGCUUAAAGAAGGGAACCAACUAAAAAGUUACAGAUAACGAAAAAAAAACCUGAAUCAGAGUUGCCCAGUGUUUUUAUGGAAGGGGAUUCCACUUUAAUGUGGUAUUAUUAGCUUUCUCCUCCACCUCUGCCAUCCAACUCUGCCAUCCACCUCUGCCAUCCACCUCUGCCAUCCAUCUCCUCCUCGGCCAUCUACCUGUGCCAGCAACUAUCAACAAACAAUAUCAACUACAGUACUAUUUUUAUUUAUUGGAAGUCUUAUAUGUCUAAAAUUAAGGGCUGAGUGGUCUAGACUGAGUCAAUCUCAAGUUCGCGGUCUAGAAUUCAAUACCCACUAAAGCCCAGUCAAGCAAAAAAAUCACCAGCAUACCGGUUGUAUUAGACUCGUUAACCUUGGAUGGCAGAUCAUCUAAGAGAAUGAAACUAUGAAUUCAAACCCAGAGUUGGAGUCCCGUAGGCGGAUAACAUUGGCAAAAUGAAGCAUUCUGACAACUCCUGCUACUCCACUGGUGCCAAGCUGUAUCAUCCACAUGAUGUUCCCUUGGGUCAUCCAGUGGCAUGGAGAGAGGCAUUUGGCUGUGUGGGAACCAGCUUAAAUUCCUAAAAAGAAUAAUCCCAGGCCUUGUGGAUUUCGUCCUGCGAAGUCUACACCAUCUUCACAUUGUGACGCGGAAAAAAAGGGCAUUUUAAUUUAAUUCUAUAUUUUUCAUUGCAUAACACUUAAUAAUGUAUUACAAUGGGGAAAAUUAUUUCGGUUAUUGAAAAUCUUGGUUUGCGAAUAGAGUCACUGUAAGGAUUAAGUUUAUUAUUUGAGGUUCCACUAUAUUACUUUAUCAAUAUAGUUUACAUGAAGCUAUCACAAUUGUAUUUUCUUUUUUUCUUUUCAGAGCAAUUUAUAAAAGGUUGAUCUAAUUUUUGUUAAGUAUAGAAAUGUUCUAACUUCAAUUACUGGAUUCCAACUUACUGUAUUUAACUUUUACCUACUUUAAGAGUUUUUCGAUUCGUAUGCCGUUACUUGAUAUUUGUACCUACUUUCCCCUGGUUAUCCACCCUUUACAGUCCAGACAUUACAUCUUUGCCAUGAGGAACUGCUUCUACUUGAUGCUGUGCUGUCUUUUGGCUGUGGUGCUGUCACAACUGGUGUGCUGUUUAUUCCUUCUGCCCCCUGUCAUGGCGGUGCAGCAUGUGAUAUGGCUUGUGUUGGUGGUGGUACCUGCACUUAGCCUGUCGCUUUUGGGAAACCCCAAUGAAGCACGCACAAUGGGGCUGGCCACUCACAAAAAUAUCAAUCAUGUAAAUAAACAGGUGAGUCUAAAAAAAAUUUUUUUAAAACUUGGCAAAGUUAGUGAGCUUAGAGCCUUUGGGUAAAUCUAAAUAAUGAUUUUAAAAAAUGUUCCUGCAAGAUUUGAAACUAAAAAUUAAUAAGUGUUAAUGUAUUUGUAAAUGAUGAUAAAUAAUAAAUAUAUAAAAUCCAUUAUAACUAUAUUUAAUUUUACCAAAAUGUAAAAAAAAAAAAAUUCUUUAUUUUUAAUUACUAACAGUAACAUCCUUUUUUCUUACUAGACUAGUACCGGUCGUUAGUAUUUUUCUAUAUUGAAUUGUUCAAGACCUCUGCAAGACUGCAGGGAAGUAUAAACAAGAUAUAAUUUGUUUUCCAGAUGAUUGUGGAGUUUUUUGUACAGUUCUGUACACGUUUUCUACCAUCUAUCAUCAUUGCUGUGAUUAGCUUUGCAUUAAUUUUACAUUCAUUUUGUGUGAAUGUGUCAACUGUCAAGUGUUCACUAUAUGACUUCAGGUAUGUGUCAUAUUAUAUAUUUUUUAAAAAAUGUUUUGUUUCAGUUCAAGAAUUUUUAUUUGCCAUUUUAAAACAAUAUUUUAAUUUGAAAAAAUGUUUACAGACAAUACAAAACGUAAGAUGCAAAGAACGAAAGGCUAAUUUUUAAUUUGAACAUUUUAUUUAACAUCAGUUCAAGGGAUAAAAAUUCAUUAAUCACAUUUGCUUCAGAAUGAUAUUGAGCGACUUUUGAACCAAAACUAUUUUGUUUAUGUCUGUAAAGUUGAAGGAUAAUAUUUUAGGUGGCUUUAUAUUUUUGUUUGAUUUUGCGAAAUAUUGUUAACAAUAAAGGAAUUGUAUUUAAAAAUAGUCUGUAGUCACUUUCUGUAUUCUGUGUGGGGUUUAAAGAAUGUUGACCAAAGUUUUGUGAAAGGUCUCGAUUUAUUUAUUUUUUUCUUCAUCACAGAUCCAAUGAAAGUAGUAAUGAGACCUACCAAAGGUCAUGGAGUCAAAAAUUUCAAGGUGGUCUUGUGCUGGCACAGAAUAUAUUCCUCCUGUACUUUGUGAUAUAUCUGGGUAUGAAAUAUUUCAUUUUAGUGAGACUCACUUGAAAGUGGUAGGUAUACAAAUGUGCAAUUUAUAAUUAUUAAGCUAUAACAUCUUUAUUCAUCAUAAAAUGCACUUUUUUCUUAUUCCUACUACCAUCAUAACUAAGGUUGAAAAAAAACUUGAAACGUGAAGCUGUUAGCAAUAUCAAAGCUAACCCAUAAUUUUCAAAAUGUGCAGAAUAUUGUCUUGAGUUAUAGAUAGGUUUGUAACUUGUUUUUUUUCUUACACAUUCAAUUUUUGAACAGUUGCUAUUUCUAUGAGCUUAGUCCAUUGGCAAGAUCAUCUAUGGCAGAGAUUGCCAUUCAAAAAUUUGGUUUGGUCAGUGACAGCAGGAGGUUUGUAAGUAAUCAUUUUACAAGAUCGAUUAAAUUCAAAAUAAAAUCUAUGGCUUUACAUGACAAGUUGCUAACAGACCUUCUUUAGUACACAGAUGAGAUAACACUUAAGUCACAACCAUUUUUCAAUUACUAAUACAAGUAGAAUAUAAUUAAUUAGAUUUUGACUUGUAAACAUAAAAAGAUUUCACUUUUGCUGUAUUUGACCAUAUAUUUCUGUACACUGGAUACAGGUUAGUGACACAAGUGAUCUUCUGUGUUGCUGAUGUGUACAUGAGGCACUGCCUCUUUGGCUUACCACUGUCUCUUUCUAAAGUGGAGCCCACAGUUUGGGUGUUGGGCUGUGUCUGGCCUUUCAUCACAAUAUCACUCAAUGAGUUGGCCAAGAAGAGAGAAAUCAAGUAAGCUCAAUUAAAUUAUACUAAUUCAAAGCUCCGUCUGCUCUGCUGUGCCACAUCAGUGACAUAACUACAUUAACUUUACAGCGUACUACCAUUUGCUAAUAAACCAAUCAGUGGCUCAAUGUCAGUUUAAAGUUGGUUUGUCCAGUGACCUAUAGACAAUAUGUGGUAUCUGAGUUAAGAUAGGAAGACUAAACAUUUCAGGGACAUAAGAGUAUUAAGAGACAAUAUGUGGUAUCAGCAAUGUAGGUAUAAGACUAUAAAUCUUAACAAUGUUAAGCAGUUUCAGUUUAAUGAAACCAAAUAAAAGUGUCUAUUUAUCAUGAAUCCAUAGGAGUUAUAAAGAUAGUUUAAUAAUGGGAUUAAGAGGAAAUGUCUUUAGAUAUACAGGUCAAACUGACUUAAAUUAUAGAUAUUUGUCUAUUUAAAUAAAUGAGGACUAUUUUGUCUCCAGGUUGGCUGUACGACGACAGCGACGAGCUCGUCUGGACUUUGAUACCAAACUGGGGAUGAAUUCUCCAUUUUAAGUUAAUUUUUAGUUGCUGAAGAUGUAAAUUUUCAUUAGAAUUGCUAGCUUUUUAUGAGUAAAGCUAUGAUGAAAAAAUAAUUGAAAGUCUUAAAAUAAUCUAAAUCAAUGCUUUACAAAAGAGUUUCAAGGUUACAGAGUAGUAGUAUAAAAUAAUUAUAGAUUUCUCUUAUUGAAAUAUAUUUCCUGGUAAAAAUAAGUUUGUUUCACUUUUCAAAAUAUUUCUUAGAGCUGUUAAAUGGAUUUGCUGAAGAUGUAAAUUUUCAUUAGAAUUGCUAGCUUUUUAUGAGUAAAGUUAUGAUGAAAAAAUAAUUGAAAGUCUUAAAAAAUAAUCUAAAUCAAUGCUUUACAAAAGAGUUUCAAGGUUACAUAAUAGUAGUAUAAAAUAAUUAUAGAUUUCUCUUAUUGAAAUAUAUUUCCUGGUAAAAAUAAGUUUGUUUCACUUUUCAAAAUAUUUCUUAGAGCUGUUAAAUGGAUUUUUUGUUAUUGGAGCCCAACCUUGUUCACAACAUGAAAUUCAGCCUGCAUCCUUUUUAUCAAUUAUUUAUUUGGUCAAAAAAAUCUGUAAAUAUGUUAUUAUGUUUCAUCUAACUGUUACCUGUUUUUAAUGUGUUUUAUUGUGACCAUGACAGAUAAAUAAUAUAAAUAUUGUACCAUAC